AAAAAAAAACAAAAGAAAAAAAUCCUUCCCCUCUUCUGUCUCUGGCUUCCCGCUUAAUAUCUCAAAGCCCUUCUCUGCUAUCGUUUGCUUUGAUCUAAUACUAACAGUAAUAGAAACCAAAAUGAGUGGAUUAAUGUGUCAGCAGCUGUUAUUCCUUUCGCACCAUUACAAUCUCAGUCGUUCGAUAUCGAAAAAUAGUGGCAGCAGCCUCAGUUCUCCGGAUUCUCAAGUUGCAUUAGCUGUUUCUUAUCCAAAACUUCCGUAUAAUAGAUUUCUUCCCCAUGCUUCUUCUUCUUCUUAUUCUGGAUCAGUCGGCGGCUCGGAACGGUGGUUAGAUUCAAAAACACAGCAGAAAAAGAAGAGAAUUGCUGGAAUUGAUCAAGAUGAAUUAUUGGACCCUAUACUUUUAGGUGAUCCAGACAGUUGUUUUUGUGAGUUUAAAGGUAUACACAUUCACUACAAGUUGUCUAGUGCAGAAUCACAAAAUAAUACGAUUUCUCAACUUCCUCACUCUACUUCUCGCGCGAUUGGCUUUCCUAUCAUCUUAUUACAUGGGUUUGGAGCUUCUGUUUUCUCAUGGAGCCGAGUUAUGAAGCGCCUGGCAGAUGUCACUGCCUCCAAAGUUCUUGCCUUUGACAGACCUGCCUUUGGAUUGACGUCAAGGGUCGAUUCUUUCAAGCAUUCAUCCCCUGGCAACGAUGAUACGAAGCCAUUGAAUCCAUACUCCAUGGCAUUUUCUGUGCUUGCUACCUUGUACUUCAUUGAUUUCUUGGCAGCUGACAAGGCCAUUCUGGUGGGGCAUUCUGCUGGUUCUCUUGUAGCUGUCAAUACAUAUUUUGAGGCUCCAGAACGAGUUGCAGCUCUAAUCCUUGUUGCCCCAGCGAUACUUGCCCCUCGUGCUACUCAUAAGGUUGCUGCAGGGGAUAAACCAGGGGGAGAUACCCAGACUGAAGGAGACAGAUCAAAUUCAAGUAAAAUAAAAAAGCAAGUUAUAAAGCUUUUCAAGAUUUUGUCAAAUAUUGCAGCAUACAUCACCAGGGCAUUAAUAAAAAUGGUUAAGGGAAUGUCGGAUAUGCUUAAAUCUUCUUAUAAGAAAGUGCUGUCAACUAUUUUGCGCUCUACCUUUGGUGUAAUGCUGAUAAGGAUGAUAAUUGAUAAGUUCGGAAUAGCAGCAGUAAGGACUGCAUGGUACGACUCAAAUAAAGUCAGUGAACAUGUUCUAGAUGGUUAUACAAAGCCAUUGAGAACUAAGGGCUGGGACAAGGCUCUUGCAGAGUUCACCGCUGCAACACUAACAAGUUCUGAGUCAGAAUCAAAGCCACCACUGUCAAAAAGACUUCAUGAGAUCUCAUGUCCUGUUCUGAUCAUCACAGGUGACAAUGAUCGGAUUGUUCCAUCUUGGAAUGCUAAGAGACUUUCACAAGCUAUACCCGGAUCUUGUCUUGAAAUAAUUAAGCAUUGUGGCCAUUUGCCCCACGAAGAGAAGGUGGAAGAGUUUGUUUCAGUAGUUGAGAUGUUUCUAAGAAAAGCUUUUGGUGAUUCAAGGGAACAAUCUUUGCAAGUAGUGAACUGAAAUUUUAACCUGAACAAUACAUCAGUUUAUACUUGUGUUCAUGAUCUGGUAAGUGUAAUAGAUAAGAACAACUUCAAAAAUUUAUAUAAAAGGUGGCAUCGACUUAAUGAAAUGAUGAAAUGUACGGAAUCAAAGUCUAUGCAGGAGUUUCCACUUCUUCUCUCGC